GGCUUUUAUUUUGAAACAUUUCUCUCUGCGCCAUAUUGACGUUUCCCCUGUGGGUCAUUCAGUAACGCUGAGCUUGUUUUUCACUGUAAAACAUGGCUUUUCAGUGUCAGAGGGAUAGUUAUAUGCAAGAACUUGUCACCUCAGUGGUGUCCUGUUCACCCACCGAACUCAAGCUGGACAACAACGGCAAGAAAGAAAAAGUGAAGGGCUUUAAUGUGAUAUUAAAAGACACCAUUCUGUUCCCUGAGGGAGGUGGACAGCCUGAUGACUAUGGAACCAUUGAGGAUCUGGAGGUGUUGCGAGUGUUGAGGCAAGGAGCAGAAGCCGUUCACUUUGUCAGCUCAGCGUUAGAGGACGGCCGUGCAGUUAGGCUCAAGGUGGACUGGGAGCGUAGGUUCGAUCACAUGCAGCAGCAUACAGGCCAACAUUUGAUCACUGCCUUAGCAGACACAAUGUUCGGAUACAAAACUACCUCAUGGGAUUUGGGCCGUCAGCGCAGCAGUAUUGAGUUGGAUACGUGCUCCGUGAAACCGGGAGAGAUGGAAGCACUGGAGGAUGCGGUCAACGACAGGAUCCGUGCUCAUAUCCCAGUCAUCGUGCGCCUCCUGUCCUUAGACGACCCUGAUGUGGAAAAGGUAAGGAGCAGAGGGCUUCCUGAUGAUCAUGCUGGACCAAUUAGGAUCAUCGAUAUUGAGGGAGUAGAUGCCAAUAUGUGCUGUGGGACCCAUGUAUCCAAUCUCAGUCACCUACAGGUGAUUAAGAUUCUCGGGACAGAGAAAGGGAAGAAGAACAAGACCAACUUAAUUUUCAUAGCCGGAAACAGAGUCCUGAGAUACGCAGAGAAAAGCUACAACACGGAAAAGUCGCUGACGUCACUGCUGAAAACAGGGCCAGAUGAACAUGUUGAUGCUGUGGACAAACUGCAGAAAACAGUCAAGCGCCUUCAGAAGAGUAACCUCACUGUCAUCAGGGACAUGGCCGUUCUUAUAGCACACAACUUUAAGAGCCAGCCAGAGAGAGGAAACUUCUUCAGUUUGCACAACAAGGACGGGGACAACGAGUUCAUGAACAUCAUUGCCAAUGAGAUUGGAUUUCAGGAGACAGUUAUUUUUCUGACAGUCGGGGAAGAGAAAGGCGCAGGACUGUUUCUGCUCGCAGGUCCUGAGAACAUCAUAACUGAAGUGGGGCAACGGGUAGCGGAGCUGCUACAGGGGAAAGGUGCAGGAAAGAACGGGCGUUUCCAAGGCAAGGCCAGCAGCCUGGCGAAGAGAGCCGAGGUUGAGGCUUUGCUUCGGGAACACAGCCGCCGGCGCUCAGAAGGAGAGGAGUGAGAGAUGAGCAGGUAGAUCCUGGUGCUCUCACGGCCUACGGCACACCAAGCUUCAGCUGGACUGACGACCGACUCGCUUUAAACACAUCAUGACAAAUUAGAAUCCUAACUAUUUUAACUACUACAACUUUAUUUGUUAAACGGCUUGAUCUUUGUGUUAAUUGGCAGUCUAAAUUAAAUCAGGUUUAUUUAUGAAGCAUCAAACCCCUAAUCUCUGGGUUCCCACCUUCACCUUGUGUGUGUGGCAUUGCAUGCCACAUCAAGAAAUAGACUUCCCUGGGAUAGACUUCAGGUUCCUUGGAUGUCAUCAGAAUUUGUCUCUUUUUUAUUCUCAACUUGAUCAAAAGAUUAACGCUUGAUUUAUUUUCUGUGCUAAUUUUCGGACAGUGCUGCCGACUGUAAUUAAAAAUCACAUUUAUACA